UCUCAUAAUGCCGAAUGAUGUCGUUGAAGAACUAAGUCGAAAAGAUCCACAUCCACGAAGAACAGCGUCGCAGUCAAUUAGUCUAAAUUUUAAGUAGAGAAAUGAAAUUGAAGUCUAAAGUUCUGACUCGGACUUCGUCGAUCACAAUCAAAAAAGAUGAAUCGCGAUGCUGUUUUUGCUGCAUCUCUACUUGUACUUCGAAGCUGCUCUCUCCCUCACGCUCCGUCGCGCGAACCUGUGGCACUAGGAUGUCUCUAUCUCGCUCUCACCCUCACGAUCGAUUUCUGAGCCUUGGUUCUAUUUUGCAUUGCACUGGGCUGGUGCUGAGGGUGAUUAAGGUCAAAAACACAGGAUGAUGAUCCGCAUCCGCGUAAUCGAUACCCCUAUGUUUGAAGUUAUCUCCUCGAAAUGAAAAUCGCCAGCCGAAUCCUUCUCUCUAUCUCUCGUUCUCUCUUUCUGUUGAUAGUAUUUGUUAAACCUGGGAUGCCAGCUUACUGUAACUGCAAGGCUAAAAAGCUUCAUGAAUACGCGAUUCCUGCCACCGGAAGGGUGUGCAGCGGGGGUCUUUUAGUCUUCCAAUUUUGCCGUGUGUUCUUCAACUCGUCGGUGGAGUUGCGGCUGGUAGUGCAGAUUCAAUGCGAUACUUUCCUCGAGAGAGUUUGACUUUCGUUGACGAGGAAAUUGUAGUUGGUAGCUCUCAUGGAUGUGGUCACCAUGACGAUCGAGUGAAGCGAUCGCCUCUUUCUACUCCAUCUCUCGAAUGAUUUUCAUGCAUUUUCUUUACUGUGGUUUUUUCUUCAUCAUGAAAUUAAGGUAGACUAAAAGAUAGACUUGGUCUUAAGCAUGUGUUCUUUUUCACCAACUUUGAUUUCUUCUACUGCCUAACCGUAAUUACUUAUACUUUCUACUUACUCUUCAGAAGAAGUAGACGACUCCACGUCCUCGUCCAAAAGAAAAUCCAAAAAAAAUGCCGGGUCAAAAUCCUAAGGUUUUCUUUGACAUUGCCAUUGGCAAUCAAAAUGCUGGCCGUAUUGUGAUGGAACUGCGUACCGACGCCGCACCAAAGACAGCAGAGAACUUUCGCUGCUUAUGCACAGGGGAGAAGGGUAAGAAGUUUCUGAUUCUGUCAAGAAAAUGAAGAUGAAGUACAACUAGGACUAAGAAAAUUAUUAUGAUUUCUCAUCAACAAGCGCUACUUCUUCAUCUUUUUCGCCUUUUUGUGUUUGUUUCAUCUAAUUAUAUUAUAAUCUCAUUCGCGGCAUAUUCUUAAUUCACGCAAGAACAUGAUAGUAAUAAAUGAUGAUAAUUCCCUUGACAUUCUUGACAACUCUACUUAUAUUAGGUGUCGGCAAGAGCGGAAAGCCUUUGCAUUACAAAGGGAGUACGUUUCAUCGCGUGAUCCCCAACUUCAUGUGCCAAGGGGGCGAUUUCACGGUUGGCAAUGGUACUGGUGGUGAAUCCAUCUACGGCGCAAAGUUCCCUGAUGAGAAUUUCACUUUGAAGCACACUGGACCUGGGAUUUUGUCGAUGGCGAACGCAGGUCCGAACACUAACGGAUCGCAGUUCUUCUUGUGCACUUAAGGCCUUAGAACAGUUCUUGUUGUUUUGGAAUUUUUUGGACUAACACUAAAACUAAUGGUUGUUCCUUUUUAUCUUGAAGAUUGCCUAGUAGGUACUGUUUGGUCCAAAAUGUACAUUUGCCUCGUAAAGAAUCACUGCCUUCUGAUACGCACUGAUGAUGUAUUAACGACCCCUACAACGUAUACUAUGAUCGGUAAAUAAGAUGAUUCGAAAUUGCAAGAACAAUAAUUAGCUAAAUCAGCUGACACCCGUAAUAAAUAUUGCUGGGUAUGAUAUCAGCACUGUCACCCCUCCAUCCCGCUCUAAUCUUUUGUGCAAACGACUUGGCUUGACGGCAAGCACACUGUGUUUGGCCAGGUGAUUGAGGGGAUGGACGUCAUCCGCAAGGUCGAACAGGUGGGAUCCGAUAGCGGAAAAACGUCGAAGCCAGUUGUUGUGGCGGAUUGUGGACAGAUCUGA